UAUAGCACCAGUAUCAACAACUGAUGCAGCAAUCACAACUCUGUCUGGCACCACUACAACUACUGAUGCAACAACAUAUUUUGAUUCCACAACUACCCAUCUAAAGUCAACCAGUGACGCAUCAACUACAACUCUGUCUGACAUAACUACAACUAAUGAUGCAACAACAUCUUUUGAUUCCACAAGCACCCCGCUAAUGUCAACAACUGAUUUAUCAACCACAAGUCUGUCUGACACCACAACAACUACUGAUUCUACAACAACUUUUGAUUCCACAACCACCCCUCUAAUGUCAACCACUGAUGCAUCAACUACAACUCUCUCUGACAGAACUACAACUACUGAUGCAACAAGUUUGACUUCCACAACCACCCCUUCAGCACCUACGACUGUAGCAACAACAUCAACAAAAACAGACGUAUCAACCACAGCAUUGUCUGAACCCACAACAGCAAAUUAUGCAACCUCAGCUUUGGCUUUUACAACGACAACCACCUUUCCAACAUCCUCAACUGUUGAACCAACAUCAACAACAUCUGAUGCAGCAACCACUACUCUGUCUGACACCACAUCAACAACUGAUGCAACCACAAUCUUGGCUUCCACAGCCACACCUCUGACAUCGACAACUAUAGCACCAGUAUCAACAACUGAUACAACAACAAUUUUGGCUUCCACAUCCAGCGCCCCAACAUCCUCAACCACAGCUGCAGCGUCAACAACAACUGAUGCAGAAACAACAACUCUGUCUGACACCACUACAACUACUCAUGCAACAACAUCUUUUGAUUCCACAACCACCACUCUAAUGUCAACCACUGACUCAUCAUCUACAACACUGUCUGACACAACUACAACUACUGAUGCUACAACAACUUUUGAUUCCACAACCACCCAUGUAUUGUCAACCACUGAAGCAUCAACCACAUCUCUGUCUGACACCACUACAACUACUGAUGCAACAAGUUUGACUUCCACAACCACCCCUUCAGCAUCUACGACUGUAGCAACAACAUCAACGAAAAUAGACGAAUCAACCACAACUUUGUCUGAACCCACAACAGCAACUGAUGGAUCCACAAUCUUGGCUUCCACAACCACACCUCUGACAUCGACAAAUAUAGCACCGGUAUCAACAACUGAUGCAGCAACCACAACUCUGUUUGGCUCCACUACAACUACUGAUGCAACAACAUCUUUUGAUUCCAAAACCAACACUCUAAUCUUUGGCUUUUACAACCACCUUUCCAACAUCCUCAACUGUUGA